AUGGCUUCAAAGAUCAAGGAAAAGACCGUAAACAAAGCAGCACAUCGCACCAGCCAUGCAGCGGACACUUCAGCACCAAGCAUUCGGAGACCAUCGACACCCAGCGCAAGCAAUGGCCCGAGCGGCUCAACUCGCCCUGCGCCAGCACCGAAAAGUAAUUCAGGGUCCAGAUACAGGCUGCGCGUAACGGCCGGUCCAUCCUAUGACCCCUCAACCCACAAAGUUGUCCAAGUCAACAGCCAGAGUGCCGUGCGAAUCUUCAACAGGUCCAUGAUUGCGGAAGUUCGGGUCCGGAUUCGUGACUAUACCGGCCUGCCAGCUUCCUCACCAAAAAACAGCCCCUACUUCGAUGACCCUCUGCACCAGAAGGACCGUUGGAGCAUUAGCUUCUCAUUUGUGCCUAAAACGGAUCUGAAUGGUGGAGAUGUGGUAUGGGGACCGGAUUUUGACCAUCCUGUGAGAGACAGGUUACCACCGGGGUUCAACACGGCAGUGAGAAUCGUGAAGAAUUUUAUCGAUCCCGGAAUCGAAAGCGAUGCUUAUGCGGACAGGCCGUGGAUGUACUCGCCAGCGCUGAGUGCCUGGGAUGCGUUUCGGAUUGGGGAGAAGGUUGGCGGCGGCGGAGAGGUGAAGAUGCCGCAAGGGAAAGACCACAAGGUGUUGCAUGAUGGAGCGGACGGGGAUGGAAUUCUGGUGGCAGAAAGAUACGGAGUUCCCGGGGAUUCAAAGCACAGGAAGAAGUUCUUCCUAGCGAACAGCAACCGGGAUUUGUUUGUUCUUGAGAAAGGGCGGUUGUAUCAUGGGGACUUCUUCAAUCCGUAUAUAGAUUUCAAUGAGUUUGCACUGAAGUUGCCUGGGUUCUCCAUUUCGGUUUUAGACUACAUCGACGACAAGACUCAUGUGUUGCGAUUUGUGUGCAAGAACCGCAACAGUGGCGAUGUGUAUUUUGUUGUCGUUUUCACGCUCCUAUUCGGACAGUGA